AAGUUCUGUACUACCAAAGGGAGCAAAUACUUAUGUUCAGGACUGGUCUUCAACAUUUGAUAUGAGAGAAAUAUGAGUGAAGUCUAAAAAGAUACUGAUCCACGGGUGUUAGAGAAACAGGAGCUACAACAGCCAACAUAUGUAGCUCUUAGUUAUGUUAACAGUCCAGGAAUCAGUGAGAACAAAAUUUGCACUGGAUGAUAGUGCAAAAUGAAUGAUAAUGAAUCAGCAUCCUGUUUUACGUUCUGUCCAAUUUUCUUUUGAAUUUGAAUCAAUGCAUCCCAAAAGUAAUCUACUGUAUGUGAAACAUUUUAAUAUGUUUGCAAAAAGAUUUAUGACUGAUGCUGCUCGCCGGGAACAAGAAUCCCUGAAGAAAAAGAUUCAGCCUAAAUUAUCUUUAUCGAUAUCAAGUACUAUUCCUCGAGGAAGUAUUUCUACGCCACAACGUCACAACAGUGGCAGCCUUACUCCACCAGUCACCCCACCUGUUACUCCAUCGUCAUCAUUCCGAAGCAUUACUCCCACAGGUAGUGAAUAUGAUGAAGAAGAGGUAGAUUAUGAAGAAUCAGACAGUGAUGAAUCUUGGACCACAGAAAGUGCAAUUAGUUCAGAAGCUAUUCUGAGUUCCAUGUGCAUGAAUGGAGGAGAAGAAAAACCUUUUGCCUGUCCUGUUCCUGGAUGUAAAAAGAGAUAUAAGAAUGUAAAUGGUAUAAAAUACCAUGCAAAGAAUGGUCAUCGGACUCAGAUACGUGUCCGCAAACCAUUUAAGUGCCGUUGUGGGAAGAGCUACAAGACUGCACAAGGUCUGAGGCAUCACACCAUAAAUUUCCACCCGCCAGUGUCUGCUGAGAUCAUCAGAAAAAUGCAGCAGUAAAAGAGACAAAACAUCUAUGUGUGUAUAUAUGUAUGUGUAUAUAUAAUAUAUAUACAUAUAUAUUAUAUAUAGUUAUGUGUAUGUGCUGGUUGGACUAUACCAACAAUCCAAAGCAUCACCAGCAGUUGCUAACUGAAGCAUCCUCUGUGGUGUAGGAUGAAUUCAGCAACUUUUCAAACACUAGUAAUUUCAGCCUUCUUAAGUGCGUGCUUAAAAUUGUUUGUAUCUCUUAGAAUAAUGUAUCUUUGGACUGUAGAGUACAUGCUUUUGUACACGUGUACAUCUGCUCAUAAUACCUAUAAUCCAUUGUUAUUCCAUAAGGUGCUAAAAGUAAAGUUAUUUGAAAAUAUUUCCUCAAAUUUGCAUACUGCCAAUGUUCACAUUUCAGUAUGUUUAUAUGUGGUGAAUACAUUGACUUAUUUUAAAGCUGUUGUAUCUUCAAUUUGUAGUUUUUUUUUUAAGUUGUAAUUUUAUUGCCUAGUUUUGUAAUCCAAAAGCUGGCUGACCAAAGUGGACCCAGUGAGAUGUAGAAUGCUUUGAGUAUAUGGAAGAUGCGGCGGAGGUAAUAUUAACUUUUGCCAAUAGUACGGACCAGUUGAUACCUGGUUGCUGCUCAUGAUGUAUCUCUUCCAAUUUUCCUAACCAAUGGAAAUGAAAAUCGAAAGAGACCUGCGGCCUGUCUGAUAUUACCAGUUUCACAUUAUGGGCAACAGUUAAAAUUAUUCCCCAGUAUCUAUCUCAUUCAGAAUGUGCUACAGAAAUCAAUGUAAUCUUUAAUUUCACAUCACCAAGCAUUGUAACUGUCAGCGUGGUGUAAAUUUGUGGAUGUUUAGUAUGGUAAAGAUACAGCAGUGUGGGAAAUAUGUUGACGUAUCUGCUGCAUGUAAAGCUACAAAUUUACAAAGCGUUAUUAAAAUUAUUAUUAAACCAGAGGGGAAAUGUGCAAGGGCUUUGCACAUUACUUUUUUAAUAGAAUUUUAUAUAUCUUUUUUUAAUUUUCCCUCUCCAGGAAAUAUUUGCUUUCUUGGUAAUUUGUUAUGAUAUUAAAAUUAAUAAUUUUCUUGUUAUAUACCACUUUGAAUAUGUUCUGUGGAACUGAACUUCUUCAUCAUAAUCGAUGGAGUUUCUAAGCACUUUGUAGUUACCUGUUGCAAGUAGAUUUAAAUGUUGUGUGUUGCCAAUACCUGCAACCACUGUACUUGCAUGUGCCUACGGUUGCAAGGACAAAGCAUGUUAAGGAGGUGGUUACGGAAUUUUUUUUAUGUUAAACCUCCUACUCAUGGUUAAUGUAUUUUUGUGAAUUUCUCUUGUAUUAAUAAGCUCAUCAAUGCCUUGUUACUAAAACUCACUGCAUUCCAUUUAUAAUUAAGCUUUCCAAGUGCUAUCACUAUGCAGCAUGUGAACAAUGUUUGCCAUUCUAACCUUACAUAUGGUAAAGUGUUUUACUUUAGAGUAAGGAUAAAUUUGGUCAUUUCCAGUCUUGAUGGCUUAUUGGCAGGAGAUCAUAAUAGUCUGCCCUUCUUGGUACUGCUCCAUACAGUGAAAAUGGAAAAAUUUUGGAUAAGUCAAAACACUCAUAUACUUGUCAUCAAUGCAUGUAAAUUCUUGAUAAAUAACUACUAUAAUUAGAUUUUACAAGUAUUUGCUUCUACCUUGUGGCAGUAUUAUGAAACAUAUAUGGAUGGGGUUACUUUGUUGUGUAUAGCAAAUUGUAUCGUCAAGUCUUUGUAAAGUGCGCUCUAAAUUAUAUUUUUCAUAUGUUCUAUGGGGGGAAUGUUACUUUAUUGGAAGUAAGGUUGAGGUGUGAGCAACUGAAGGCACCCAGAUAAUUCACACAAAAAGCUGCUUUCUAAAUGUAAGAAGUCACAAAUAAAGAAUAAAAAUGC